CUAUUUUAUCAAUAGUGAGUAUAUUCCAUGAGACUUGCUAUCAAUACACGGUACAUCGAAAAUAGUAAUAAUAGGAAUGGGAAGGAGAGAGAAUUCACGACUCCACGUGCGCCUCGCGAUCCCCAAGAAACGAUGGCGAACCGAGUGGUCGGCAGCGCGACAAUAAACACGUCUAAACAAUUGUAUAAAUAUCUAUUGCGCGAAUGCGAAAAACUACCGAAACAUACGCAGCAAUUUUACAAGCACUCGGUCAAGCAAAGCUUCAAACAGCAUGUCUCGGAGUCCGAUGAAGAACGUAUCCAGCAAAUCAUGGAGAAAGCACUACUAGAUGCCAAAUGGGUGAUACAAAAGUAUAACCAGCCAGGUAGUACUCCAACACCCAAAUGAUAAAUCGACGUAAGUUGUAAUAUACACGAAAUAUAUGUGG